AUGGGCUUUGCUUUUGCCGCUGGAACCACAGAUGAACCUGGAGCAUUUGAUUUUACACAAGGAGAUGAUAAGGGGAACCCUUUCUGGAGGAUGGUGAGAAACGUUCUUAAACCACCUCACAGGGAACAAAUGGAAUCUCACUACCCAAAACCCAUCUUGCUUGACACUGGGGAAAUGACAAAGCCAUAUGAAUGGGCUACUACUCUAACUUUGUCAUUGGUUCCAGCCCUCAAUUCUUCAUUGCAAAUACUAUGUAUUGGACAACUUUUCAUUCUCAGUGUCCCUGGAGAAUUCACAACUAUGGCUGGAAGGCGACUCCGCGAUGCAGUCAAGAGACAUCUUCAAAGCAGUGGUAAUAUAGAAAUGAGCGGUGAGAUUCACAUUGUGAUAGCUGGAUUGGGUAAUGGUUACUCACAAUAUGUGACAACCUUUGAGGAAUACCAAGCGCAAAGAUACGAGGGCGCAUCUACAUUAUUUGGCCCGCACACCCUGAGUGGGUACAUUCAAGAGUUCAAGAAGCUCUCCAAAUCUCUCGUCCUUGAUAGGCCUGUUCAACCGGGGCCUCAACCGCCGGAUCUCCUAGACAAGCAAGUGAGCUUCCUCACACCAGUCGUGGUGGACACAACUCCUGCCGGAGACAGUUUUGGAGAUGUGAUCUCGGAUGUUCCCAAAAACUUGUCCUUGAAGAGAGGAAAUGACCUGGUGACUGUUGUAUUCCAGUCAGCUUGCCCUAGAAACGAUCUACUGACAGAAGGUACGUUUGCACUGGUGGAGAGACUAGAACGGGAUGACAAGACUUGGACCCCAGUUUAUGACGACGAUGACUUAUGUUUGAGGUUCAAGUGGUCGAGGCCUAAGAAGUUGAGCUCUCGGAGUGAAGCCACAGUGGAAUGGAGAGGUCCUGAGUCUGCAUCACGAGGGGUGUACAGGAUCACCCAUUUUGGUGCUGCAAAGAGUCUAUUUGGGUCAGUCCAGCAUUUCACAGGUUCUUCUAGUGUUUUCGCUGUAACAUAA